CAAUAUAUAGGAGGAGGAGCUACAUGGUUUUAUCAUUUCCUUCGCCCCUCCGACCGCCGUCCCGACUUGCAUCACCACCGCCUCUCAGUCUCCUCCGCCUCGGCGGCGCCUCCCUGGCGAUCGUUGAGCUCUCGAAUUCGUCGCUGGAGAUGAAGAGAGCAGAAGUAGACCGGUGCCAGAUUCAGGAAUGGUACCCAAAGUUCAAGUCCGCCUCCUUCAAGACUCGGAUUCUCCAGCUCCCUGAAUCCUUCGUAGAGUACCUCCUCGACGACUUCGGCCCCUUCGUCCUUCCCGCCUCCGUCGCCGACGAAGACGCCCUCCCCAACCGAGUCCGCAACCCCGUCGACGAGGAUGACUUUCAGGUCUCCGAGGGCUCCGAUGAGGACGAGUCCGAGCGCUUCCCCCCGCCUUCCUUCCCGGACCUCGAGCUGAAGGUCCGGGAGUCGAUCGAGUCCCUCGGCGGCGCCGUGUUCCCCAAGCUGAACUGGAGCUCCCCCAAGGACGCUGCCUGGAUCAGCCCCAGCGGGACCCUCCGGUGCACCUCCUUCAGCGAGAUCGCGCUCCUGCUCCGCUCGUCGGACUCGCUGGUCCACGACCUCUGCCACGCCUAUGACUCCUGCAGCGACAGGGCCGCGUCGAGGCCGGGGAGCUUCUUCCUCGCACUCCGGAAGUGGCACCCGGGGCUGCGGCCGGAGAUGGAGUUCCGGUGCUUCGUGAGCAGCCGCCGGCUGGUCGGGAUAAGCCAACGGGAGGUCACGACGUUCUACCCGGUGCUGCUGGAGAAGAAGGACCAGCUCCAGGAGCUGAUGGAGGAAUUCUUCGAGGGGAGAGUGAGGGAGAGCUUUGAGUCGGAGCGCUACGCGUUCGACGUGUACGUGACCAAGGACGGGACAGUGAAGGUGAUCGACUUCAACACCUGGGGCGGGUCGACGCUGCCUUUGCUCUUCUCGUGGGAAGAACUGGAAGCAAUGGGGGAGGGCAUGGCGGCGGAGAUGAGGAUAGUGGAGAGCCAGUGUGGGGUGAGACCGGGGCUGAAGACGGCGGUCCCGUACGAUUAUGUGGACACGGCGCCAGGCAGUGGCUGGGACCACUUCAUGAGGAAGGCUGACGAAGAGCUGAACCGGCACAAGGGUGAACCUGCAGGUGCUUGAGUUCGAGUGGAUAUACCCAUGUUAUGUAAUAUGUUAUGAGCAUCAAAGGGAAAUCGAAUUAAGUCGAGUGGGCUCGAGCUUGAGCCAAGGUCGAAUUUUAUGUAAGUUUUUCACUAAAGUCGAAUUUUAUGUAAGUUUUUCACGAAUCAAGCUUGCGAUUCAUUUAAA